GAGGAGCUUUGUGUAACACUUGGAAAACUGAACACACUUCACUUCCAAAAUGCCUGUAAGGAGAGGACAUGUGGCUCCACAGAACACCUUCCUGGGGUUCAUCAUCAGGAAAUUCGAAGCACAAAAUAAGAAAUUCAUUAUUGCUAAUGCCAGGGUCCAGAACUGUGCGAUUAUAUACUGUAACGAUGGCUUCUGCGAGUUGACGGGAUUCUCAAGGCCAGAUGUCAUGCAGAAACCAUGCACUUGUGACUUCCUCCAUGGCCCAGAGACCAAGAGACACGACAUUGCACAGAUAGCGCAGGCCUUGCUGGGGUCAGAAGAAAGGAAAGUCGAGGUCACCUAUUACCACAAAGACGGUUCAACGUUCAUUUGCAGUACCCAUAUUAUACCCGUAAAGAACCAGGAAGGUGUAGCCAUGAUGUUCAUCAUGAAUUUCGAGUGUGUCUCAAAGCUUGACAGUCCCAGCUCCCCGGAUAAAUUAAGCCAAAUUGUUCCACUGAAAUCAGAAAACCGCAAAAUGUUUGGAUUCCGGUUACCAUCGUUAAGACUUCUGAACUACAGGAAACAAUCGUUACCGCAGGAAGACCCUGAUGCCGUCAUAGUGGACUCAAAGCACAGCGAUGAUUCUAUGGCCAUGAAGCACUUUAAAUCCCCCACUAAGGAAAGUUGCAGCCCCUCUGAAGCAGAUGAUACAAAAGCACUAAUAGACUCUAAUAAGUGUUCCCCUCUGGUGAAUAUAACUGGACCUCUAGACCAUUCUUCACCCAAACGGCAAUGGGACCAGCUAUUUCCGGACAUGCUUCAAGCAGGUUCCCGCUUGUCUCAUGCACGAUCAAAAGAAAGUAUUUGUAGCAUGAGACGAGCGUCUUCAGUUCACGAUAUUGAAGGAUUUACUAUUCAUCCCAAAAGUGUUUUUAGAGACCGCCAUGCGAGUGAAGAUAACGGUCGCGAUAUCAAAGGCCCUUUUAAUCAUAUCAAAUCAAGCCUUCUCGGAUCGACUUCUGAUUCAAACCUGAACAAAUACAGCACCAUCAACAAAAUCCCUCAACUCACACUGAACUUUUCAGAUGUAAAAACUGAAAAAAAGGCAUCCUCUCCUCCAUCGGAAAAAGCGAUCAUAGCGCCCAAGGUGAAGGAGCGAACACACAAUGUUACAGAGAAGGUUACGCAGGUUCUGUCACUGGGAGCGGACGUCUUGCCGGAGUACAAACUUCAAACACCUCGUAUCAAUAAGUUUACUAUAUUGCACUAUAGCCCUUUCAAAGCCGUGUGGGACUGGCUCAUUUUGUUGCUCGUUAUUUAUACCGCGAUUUUCACUCCUUAUUCAGCUGCCUUCCUUCUGAAUGACAUAGAGGAGCAGAAGAGACGCACGUGUGGAUAUUCCUGCAACCCUCUGAAUGUCGUAGACUUAAUGGUGGAUAUCAUGUUUAUCAUCGAUAUCCUCAUAAAUUUCCGGACCACAUACGUUAAUCAGAACGAGGAGGUAGUCAGCGAUCCUGCAAAAAUAGCUAUUCAUUAUUUUAAAGGCUGGUUCCUAAUAGAUAUGGUUGCAGCAAUACCUUUUGAUCUGCUGAUAUUUGGAUCUGGCUCAGAUGAGACUACUACUCUCAUCGGGCUCUUGAAGACUGCGCGGCUACUUCGCUUGGUCAGAGUAGCCAGGAAGCUGGACAGAUACUCAGAAUACGGUGCUGCUGUCCUCAUGCUGCUAAUGUGUAUUUUUGCAUUAAUUGCUCACUGGCUUGCUUGCAUCUGGUAUGCAAUCGGCAAUGUGGAACGACCUUACCUAAUUCACAAAAUUAGCUGGCUGGAUGCCCUGGGUGAUCAAAUAAAGAAACCGUAUAAUUACAGCGACCCCAGCUCGGGACCAUCUAUCAAAGACAAAUAUGUCACAGCACUUUAUUUUACCUUCAGCAGUCUGACAAGUGUGGGCUUUGGAAAUGUGUCUCCCAAUACCAACUCGGAAAAAAUCUUCUCCAUUUGUGUAAUGUUGAUUGGCUCAUUAAUGUAUGCAAGUAUUUUUGGAAAUGUAUCUGCAAUAAUCCAAAGAUUAUAUUCAGGAACUGCACGUUACCAUAUGCAAAUGCUACGAGUGAAAGAGUUUAUAAGGUUUCAUCAGAUUCCCAACCCCUUACGCCAGAGGCUUGAAGAGUAUUUCCAGCAUGCUUGGACCUACACCAAUGGCAUUGACAUGAAUAUGGUACUAAAGGGAUUUCCAGAAUGCCUGCAAGCUGAUAUUUGCCUGCACCUCAAUCAAACGUUACUGCAGAACUGCAAAGCAUUCAGUGGAGCAAGUAAAGGAUGUCUUCGAGCUUUGGCUAUGAGGUUUAAAACUACCCAUGCACCCCCAGGAGAUACACUCGUGCACUCAGGAGAUGUGCUCACUGCGUUGUAUUUUUUGUCAAGAGGUUCUAUUGAAAUCCUUAAAGAUGAUAUAGUUGUUGCGAUAUUAGGUAAAAAUGAUAUUUUUGGAGAGAUGGUUCACCUAUAUGCUAAACCUGGGAAGUCCAAUGCUGAUGUUCGAGCUCUCACCUACUGUGAUCUUCACAAAAUUCAGCGAGAGGAACUACUGGAAGUUUUGGACAUGUACCCGGAAUUUUCAGACCAGUUUCUCACAAAUCUAGAGCUGACUUUUAAUUUAAGAGAUGAAAACACAAAGGCCGCACUUCUAAGAACACAUGCAAAUUCUGACUUUAAUGAAGAGAACUGCGACAUAAGAAGAAGGAAAUUAUCUUUUAAAGACAAAUCAGAUGAAGAAGACUGGACCAAUGGUUCAGAGAAUUCUUUGGAUGAUCUCAGACAUUGUUCCUACAACAGGAAUAACACAGACAAAAAAACAAGUGGAUUGUCUUCGCUGGUAUCUUCCAUUAAUGAACAGAAGCCGCUGUUUACUGAAAUUGGUGGUUACAGCUCUGUUUUCACCGAACCUACUGGUCCCCAGUUUGAAGAACCUGUGUGUCCUGACAAGUUAACAAUCACCAAAAGAAGCUUAUCCUAUCGAGAUAUAGCAAGUCCGAGGAGCUGGGAGAGAGAAAGUCAUGGACUACACGAGAGUACAACCCAUCACACAGUCUUGAGCAAUGUAACCUGGGGAAUGGGAGAAGCCGACAAUGACCUGACCUACACUGAAGUGGAGCACAGACUCGACCUUAUUCAAGAACAGAUGACCAGGUUAGAGUCACAGAUGACUGCCGACAUCCAGAGCAUCCUCCAGCUCCUGCAGAGACAGGCCUCAGUGGUGCCCCCAGCAUAUAGCAUGGUAACAGCCAGUUCAGACUACCAGAGGCCAGCUGUUAGACAGCAGAUUGUACAUUCCGGGGUGCCCAUCAAAACAAAUCGCAGCUUCACUCCUUCAUCACAGAGUCCAGAAUUGGUAGACUUUGAAAAGUCCAGACCAAAAUCCAAAGAGUCCCUCUCCAGUGGAGUCCAUCUCAACACGGCGUCCGAAGACAACUUGACGUCGCUACUUGAUCAUGACUGCGACUCUCCGAUUGAGCUACGGGCUAGGCAUUGUCCAUCAUAUCUCAACCCAGUGAGGCACACUUCCCUGCCAGAUUCUUCCAUACACAACAAAGGGGCUGUGUCCCUCCACAGGCAUGAAUCUGACCCAGGUCUGCCGGGAAAAUUAUCCAAAAAUUGAAAAAAAGUUAAUUUUUAUAAGUACCUUCAACUAUAUUGUAAGUGCUUUUAACGGCUGUUUUCCUCUUUGUAUUUUAAAUCCUCUUUACUUGACUCAGGGGCAAAAAAAUGAUAUCUAAUAUGCAAAAGUAUUGUAUAUUUUGAUACAUUUGAAGCUUACUAAAAGUACAUUUGAAAAAAAGAAAAUCUAUAUAUAAG